AGGGCCACGUGCCCUAGAGGAUCAGACCAGCCGUUAGCCACUUAACCCUUUGACUGCCGGAAACUGCAAACCAGAAGGGCUCUAGGAAAACAAAAGGAUCUGGACCUUCUGGUUGUCUGGUCCCCUUCGUUUUCGGAGAAUCGCUCAGUCGGGUGCAUGGAAGAGGAGAGGACAUAGGGGCAGCAGCGGGUGUCCUUCCGCUUCCUGGAUUUAGCCUGUGACUCCCUGCCUGGGCUCCCCAGCUCUGGACUCCCCAUGCUAAUGGGAUCCCUACUAAUGCUGUUGCUACUGCUGUUAUCGCCGCCGCCAGUCCAGCUGUGGCCACAGCUGGACGAUUCCUGCAGAUGGCAAGUGGUACUCAACAAGUACGAGACCUUGGGAGUGGGCAGUGAAAAGUUUUUCUUGCAGCAACCAAUUGCCAAUAUAGACAAAUUCUUCAAUAAACUAGUGGAUUCACCCAUAGAUCACAAAGAGAAUUAUGUGGGAUUCCCUUACUACAUGAAGAUUAACUUCACCUGCCCUGGAAAGACUCCAGAAGCCUUUGUCCGUGGGGGUUACCUUAAGGGCUUGAUCCCUAUUGUGCUGGUCACCUUCUAUGCCCCUGUGAAUUUCCGGAAGUGGAAGUCAGAGAGGCUGCAAAUCCAGAUGGAGGGAGCACCAUUCCAAAGCCAGGCUUGUGUCAUGAAUUGGUACACCCCAAUGCCUAUGAAGAAUGGCAGUGUAAUGAUGGAAGUUGAAAUCUCCAGCAACCGAAUGGGGGAGAUCAUUGGUAAUGGCAGGUUCAUGAUAAAUAUCAAUGGGUUCCUGAAAAAAGAGAAGGACAAAGUGAUAUUUUCCCUGGGACAUGAGGUCAGGCCCAUUAUCCAUCGGGAUUUCAUCGAUGCACCAUCUAGGCCUGUCUGGGCUACAGUGGGCCAGGCUCCUGUGCUAAUCCUUGGCGGCAUUCCACAUGAGAAGAUGAUUCUCAUCUCUGACUCUAGCUUCAAGGACUUCUCCCUGGUGGAGCUGAACAUCGACAGCUGCUGGCUGGGCUCUCUUCAUUGCCCUCAGGAGGAGUUCACGGCCUCGAUCUUUGAUGCCAUCUCCACUGAAAGUGUCCUCUUCAUCAGACAGAAUCAACUUGUCUACUAUUUCACUGGCAACUACUUCCAUGUAGCUGGAAAAGGGCCUAGCACCAGCAAUUGGGUCAGAGUCUUACAUAGUCGGUGUAUCAAGAAACUUUGUCCUGUGGAACUUCACAGCAAUGGCUCUGAGUACGUCUUGGCCUUGGCUGGGGGCAAUGAAGAGGGCUUCUUCCACUUUGGAACCAUCACAGAUGGUAGAGUAAAUUUUAGAAGGAUGCCUAAUAUGAAAUCAUUGUGUGACAUCCAAAAAGAUUUUUUCCAGGAGAUGCCAAGGGGCUCCAGUGGACAGCAUCCGGCCAGCAGCUCUAGCCACUAUUUCACACUCCCAAAGUGUCGGCUCCAUUGGGUGGUGUACAACAUGGAGGACUAUACUUUCUUGCUUCUCAUGGAGUUUGUUCAAGGCAACAGGUCACGUUUCCAGAUUUUACAGUACUCACCAAUUCUUAAAGGAGUCCAUUUGGAUUCGCUCAACUUGCUCUUUCAAAUUCCUCCUUUCAUCCCUAUUGGUGAUGACAUGGAUUUCGUGAUGCUGCUGGGCAUGGAGAAGUACACUGACUACCCUCUGGUGCCCAAGGGAUUGUUCUACAAUCCUUUCUCCCACCUGCUGUUCAUUUGGGGCAAUGCUAUUCUGCAGAGCUAUGAUAAGAAGAAUUACAUAUACAUGUCUAAAUUUCCCAAGGAGUCCUCAGUAAAGUAUAUGACCAGCUCCUACAAAGGCCAAGUGGUCUGCGUCACUGAGAACGAGGAGAUCUGGUUGAUUGUUGAAGGCAGCUUCAAGGUACAUCGUCUGUACCCAUCAGAUGGCUGGCAGGUUGUAUUCAACCUUUCCCAGAUGAAGGGCUCAAGCCUGUACACAGCCAAUGAGACUUCAGUCAGCAUCUUCUAUGACAGUAUGGGUGUGCAUCAGUUAGUCUACCUGAUUAACCAAAAAGGGGAAGGGAAGCUGCUGAAAAGGCAGCUGCCAGUGGAUCAAAUCUUGGUGUAUCAACUGCUUGGUCUGACCACCUUUGAGAUUAAUAUUAGCCCGGUUCUAGGGACCCUCUCCUUUAUUAAUCCCUGCCCUUUCGAGCUGAUGCAGAUAAAAGACCUGCCCAAUCCACAACGAUACACACGGCUGGAACGCUAUCGUGCAAAGCCACCUUUCAUAAGCUCCGAUUCUGGCUUCCACAGCAAAGUCUCCCUGGCCAUCUACCAGGGCCUUGUCUACCACCUGCUCUGGCUGCACUCCAAGUAUAACAAGCCCUAUGCUGAUCCUGUCCAUGACCCCACCUGGCGUUGGUGGAAGGAUAAGAAGCAACAUAAGGCUUUCUAUUUCUACAGAGCCAGUAACUUUCAGAAUGUAUACGGCAUACAAAUUGACAUGGAUGGCUAUGAAAAGCUUUAUCAUGUGAAAAAGACUGGGAUGCCCAAAUACAUCUACUUGGACAAGGGGGAUGAAUACAAUUUCACCUUUUUCCUCUUCGUUCGGAAAACUUCCUGGAAAAGUGGGCGUAUCUAUGGGAACCUCAAGGGCUGGUGGAAUGGAACCAGGUUGGGGGGAAGGGAGGAGCUCUCCAGAACCUUAGCACCUUCCCUUCAACCUGACCAGGUGAUUGUCAAGGACAAACGCAAAUGUUUCAAUCAAAGUAUCAGUGGACACAACUUGAUGAAAACAGCUGUACACUUCAAGGUAGUUGACUCAGCUGCGAAGUGCUUUGUUAGAACCCGAUUUGGAUAUCGUAUGCUGGGCAAUCGGCAGAUCCCCAUGUUCAUCGGCUGCCCCCCAGGCAAGCGGUUGGCCUUUGACAUCACUUUGACCCUUCGGCACAACAAGAAGACCAAUAAACGCUACUUUGACUGUGUGCACCCAGACCCUGAAAUGCCUUGCUUCUUAUUCAGUGAUCCUUUCCACCCUUUCUUCCUGAUCCAAGACAUGGUGACUGGUGAGUCUGGAAGCUUCACUGGCAGCUAUGUCCUAAAGGUGAUUGGUGGAGGAACUUCCCUGGACAAGAUAGUGGAUUACUCAGAGGAAGAGAUCGUCCGCUACAACAGUCCUAAUGACACCUCUGAGAGCCUCAUCUGGAUUGUCAGGGACAAACGGAAACAGUCACAGACCUUUAGGAUCCUGAGUUAUAACAGCUCUGGCAUUGAGUGGCUAUGUCUGCCGAACUCUCCUUGUUAUGAUAUCAUCCCCAAGUCUAUCUAUUCUCCUGAAUUCUAUUUCAAAAUCAUGGUGAGCAACAGGGAUGUAGACACAAGUACUUACUGUGAUUAUCAGCUCAUCUUCUUCCUCCACAUCCAUGGCCUCCCCCUCAGUCGUCGAAGGGCCUUCUUCUUUGUACGGAUAUCCUUGUAUAUAUGGUUGGGUGUUAUCUUUUUGUACCUCUUGUCCUACUUCUUCUGGCCACACAUAAAGAAUGGCUGGGUAAAACUUAAAGCAAAGUUCACUGAUCUCAUCACUACAGAAUCUUUCUAUACAUACACAACAUCUGCCAGUAGUGUGCCCUCUGUGAUCAGCUCCAGGAUAAGUACAUCAGAGAGGGGUUCUUUCAAAAGAAGAGUCAAGAAAAGCCUAUGAGGCUGAUGGCCUCUGCAAACCUCUUCCAGUUUCUCCUUAUCCUUGGUCUGUUCUCUUCCACCCCAACCUUCUUCCCCUCUCCAUCCCUUCUGGCCUAUCUUUCUCCCAGGAUACCCCUUUCCUCUCUAACUCAACAUUUCCUGAGACUUUCCAGCCCCCCCCCCUUUUUUCCUCCCUAGUCCCCUGCCAUCUUCCAUUCCUUUUGGCCUCCCUCAUCCUCUGGAUCAAUCAAUAAAAAGCCACUUCUAGGGAA